UUUCUCUUUCCUUUUUCUCCAACAUCACUUGAAUAUUUUCCUUUUUUUCUCUCCCUCAUAAUUCCCCAAUAAUUAUACAAACAAGUCAUUCUAUACACACACACACACACACACACACACACACACACACAUCAAAAUCAAAGAACAAGGAAAGAGAGGAAGAGACAUUGGAGAGAGAUUAUGGGGAACUGCCAGGCGGCGGAGGCGGCGACGGUGGUGAUCCAGCACGGAGAUGGGAAGGUGGAGCGGGUGUACUGGUCCAUCAGCGCCGGCGAUGUCAUGGCUGCCAACCCCGGGCACUACGUCGCUCUUAUAAUCACCUCCAACUCAAACAACAAUGGUGACAGUUCUAGUUCCAGAUCUAAUAAUAACAGUACUGUGAAGCAUCUCAAGCUUCUUCGCCCUGAGGACACUCUCCAUAUUGGUCAUGUUUAUCGUCUUGUUAGCUUUGAAGAGGUUAUGAAGGAGUUUGCUUCCAAGAAACAUGCAAGGCUUAGUAAGCUUCUUAUUAGUCUUAAUAAAGAGAAAAGUUCAAGGAAAGAUGGGAGACGACGACGUGCUGCUGGUGCCGGCGCCGGCUCCGGUGACGGAAUAGUUACGGACGUGGGCGACGCGCGUGCACACGACGAGACCGAGGCCGAGGCCGAGGCCGAGGCGCAGGCGCAGAGCAGCAGCGAGAACGCGAACGAUGGUAGGCCAUUGCUGCGCCAUUCCCAGUGGAGGCCAGCCUUGCAGAGCAUUGCUGAAAACUCUGGGAUUUGAACGGGAAUUUUUUUUUUUGGACUUAUCUUUUUAUUUAUGUUUUAACUUUUAACUCUCUCUGUCUGUAAGUUUCUCUCUCUCUCUCUCUCUCUCUCUCAUAAAAUUGUUUGGUUAGGAGUAGAGUUAGGGUUUGCUUUUUCAGAGAUUGAUGGACGUCUGUCUUGUUUAACUAGUAAUGUUUUUUUUCUUAUUAUUGAAUGGUUGUCGUUUUCUGAA